ACCAGUCCAUUCCAGUAAGACCCUCCUUGCUCCACUGGAGUAGUUCUUCACAUGUUUGCAGUCAUCCUUGAACGCAUGCGUAUCCACAUGGCGAGACAUGACGUUGCUGGAGCACCCUCCAUCACGGGACCUCGGCAAAUCGUGGAUCACGCGGCAAAUCGUGGAUCACGCGGCAAAUGUACCACAACUCGAAUCGCAUGUUCCAUCAGUACCAGUUUCCCAGCACGACCUCAUCCCACGACUUGUACGACGUCGAAGUCGUGACAUGCCCCGACACUGGAGCCCUUGAGUACGUCCAUCGCCGACAGUUCGACAUCGCCCUUCCGGCGUCGUUCCUGCUGCAAAUGUACCGAGAUAUCAUCGGCUACCUAUUGGUUCAAGAAAACUACACUCCUGUCUUGUCGGAAUCGAACGGACCGACGACGAUGCACUCGACGCCGCUGCAUGUUCCAGACCACAUCGAGCGACUGCAUGUGGUCACCGCGACUUUCCAAGAUCACCCGAGUCGGCAUGUGUUUGUAGCUCAGCAAGUCCACCGCGACCCCCAAUACACUUCGUAUCUCCAUAAUCAGCGAAAUCGAUCCCUAUGGUACGAAGUGCUAGCGUUGACCCCAACGUCGUCGAGACUGCGGUGCUUGUUCAUGUACUCGCAACUGUUCGACGGAUGCGGCGACCCCGUGGCCUUCCCCGAUGAAGCCAAGUGCUGGGGCUUCUAUCCAUCCAUGGACCAGUCCGACGGGUUGCAGCGCAUGAGGUUCAGGGACCAGAAGCGAGCGGCGGCUGCAAGACACCUCUCCGUCGCCCAAGCACGGGUACUGGCCUAUGUCCACGGACGGCACCACGCAGCCUCGACGAAAUAAUAAUAAUGGGAUACUGUAAGGGUG